AUGGCCAGUCUCCUACAGAAGAAGACAGCUUACACUCCAGCCUAUGUGAACCUGGUCUCACUGCUGUACCAUUGUUUACUGCUACCAGUUGGUGAUCCUAAUUAUGACAAGUAUUGGAGACUGAUAGACAGGAUGUUAUUAAAGUAUGUUCCAACUAAAGAAGAAAUUGAGACGUUGCGUGAAAACCUCUCCGAGUUUGAUAGUUUCUCGAGAGCCGACAAGUUUAUGCUUGAGAUGAGUAACGUACCUCGCUAUGACAAGAGACUCAAGGCUCUAUCAUUCACUAAAACAUUCAAUGACAGAAUAACUGAGAUACGUCCUGCUAUUGAGGACAUCACCUCCAGCUGUCAUGAAUUAUUGAUGAGCGAUAAAUUGCGCAAAUUAUUAGAAGUUAUACUUGCGUUUGGUAACAUCAUGAACAGAGGACUCAGGGGAAAUGCAUUUGGUUUUAAGCUGUCCAGUCUUAACAGGAUAAUUGACACUAAAUCUACUACUGACAAUGAAAUGACUUUACUGCAUUAUCUUGUACAAAUGCUGGAAGCAAAAUUUCCUGAUGUCCUGACAUUAGAGACUGAUCUUCCUCACAUUAACAACGCCUGCAAAGUAGAUUUGGUUGAGCUUGAGAAAGAGUUUAGAGAAAUAAAGAGAGAACUAGCCAACAUCAAAGAAGAGCUAGAUUACCACAAAGCUAAUCCAAGUGAUGAAGAAAGUGACAAUUUUGUUGCUGCAGUUGAAGAGUUUGCUCUCCAUUCUGCCAUCACUGUCAGAGAGAUGGAUCAUUUCUUUAGAGACAUGAAAGAGCAGUUCUUUAAGGCACUUCAUUAUUUUGGCGAGGACCCGAAAGGAAAGGACCAAUCUCCGAUGAAGUUCUUUGGAGUUUUUUCAAAGUUUUUGAAAUCUCUAUCGGAGGCUCACAUACACCUCAUCACAAUGAGGAGAAAGAAAGAGGAGGAGGAGAAGAGAAAGAAAGAUGAAGAACAAAGGAAGGUUGACACUUUAAAGAGACGUAAAGCAAGACAGCAGGCAAGACUGUCUCUAAUGGCCUCCACUAGUGAAGGAGGAGGAGCUAGUGAUGACCUGGAGGGUAAUCUUGAUGAGCUGAUAGCCAGACUCCAGAGUGGGGAACCAUGGAACAAUUACCACGGGAAGAAGAGGAACAGACGAGCCUCCAGUGGGUCUACCCUGUCUAAGGUAUGGAUGCAAGUUAGUAGAGAAAGAAUGGACACUCCUGAUGGUAAUGGUAUACAGCAAGAUGAGGUUUCUUAGCAACACUUGCCGUGCUAACGGCAACCUUAACAAUUCACUGUAUUAUUAUUAAUUAUGAUUAUUAUUAUUAUUUGAUUUUAUAAU